AUGAGAAAACCUAAUGGUGGGGUGGUCUUCGUGGCAUAUUGCUAUGUGUUUAACCGUAAUGAUGCAUUAGAGACGGAGUUACAUGCUUUGAUGCAAGGGAUGGUAUUGGCGUUGCAACAUAGUGAUGACCCGAUUAUUGAACAGUCAAACUCCUCGAAGGCGUUGUCGGCUUUGACGGGGGAUGGCUUGUUGAGAUCGGCAUACGGGCAUUUGGUGGCGGAGACCAAGGUUUUUAUGGAAGAUAGGGAGUUUAUUUUCUUAAAAAUUAAACGUGUACAAAAUAGGAUGACAGAUCGGUUGGCGUCGUAUAGUCGUACGGAUAGUACCACUGUUGUAUGGCUACAUAAACGGCCGUCAUGUAUUGAGGAAUUUCUGCGUGUCGACUGUAAUCCUAUUAUAAUGAAAUAA